AUGUUCCAGCGGCAAACGAUCAUGAAGAAAAUCAUCGACACGGAGUCACGACUCUACCAGAGGGAUGUCAACCAUUUUGACAUGCACCCGCGGAAUAUCAUUGUGCGGGCUAACGAGAGUGACCCCAACGAAGUGGGCAUUACUGUCAUUGACUUCGGCCAUGCUAUUAUCGGACGAUUUUACGAUCCGGAAGGCGAACCAGAGGAAGAGGCAAAGAUGCUUCCGGGGCAGUACAUUAGCCCUAUUGUGCGGUGGGCAGUGCCUUGCGAAUCAAACGCAAUGCCCGUCUCUUUCAAGUGUUGGAUCAAUUGGGACUGGAAUUCCUGGUUGAAAGAGCAGUACAAGGAUGAUGAGGUUACAGACCAUAUGAGAUCCGAGUGGAUGCCCGAGGACACGACCACACCUUGGCCACUUGAUUGCGGUGAAGAAUCUACAUGCAACUCCAGGAAGGCCAAGCCAAUCGUUAUAUCAGGUUGA